AUGGAGCCCCUCCUCCUCGGAUCUCUUCCAAAUACUCUCCCCCAGUUGUGCAGAAUGUUUUCUCUUUUGUUCACGGUUACUUUUAUCUAUUGUAAUAUAAUAAAGAGCCUGGGAUCAUCGCUGGAGGACCCAGAGCCAGAUGAAGCAAGAGGAGACGGAGGCGAAGACAAAGAAAAGCAUCUUGGCACGGUUCGUUUUAAUGGGGGAACAACAAACCAAUUGUUCAAUCAGACAUGUAGACCUGUAGCCGGCGGCAGGCCUAACUGCGGACAGCGCCGGUACAAGCUCGUCCAGCCUGCCUGGCUCAAAGUUGGAAAUAUGAAGGCGAUGCUGCGUGGUUUCCUGCCGGACAGCGUGCCACUCACCGGAAGCCGGCGGAGAAGGCGGAGGGACGAGCUCCGGCUGCACACGGCGCAGGCGCACGCUGCCGUGUCGGUGGCGCAGCUCGCUGCGGCGGUCGCGGGCAUCGUGUCGGCGUGCGACCUGAGGCCGGCGGCCUCGGCCAGCGCUGGCGACAGGAGGCUAGGCGCGGUGCUCGCGUCCGCCGCGGCGCUGGUGGCCACCGUGUGCGCUGAGGCCGCGGAGACCGCCGGCGCCAACCGCGGCCGCGUCACGUCGGCCGUGAGGACCGGCCUCGAGAGCCGCUCCUCCGCCGAGCUGCUCACCCUCACUGCUUCCGCUGCCACAUGUUUGAGGGGAGCCGCGACGCUGAAGCAAAGGGCAGCUGACCUCAGGGGAAUCAGCACCAGCACCAGCAGCAACGCCAUGGCCAUGAGCGUCAGCGCUGGCAUCCAGAAGGGCACGACUCUCAGAGUCUGUCUGCCUUGUGGAAGGGUGCGGGUGAGGACGGUGUCCGUCUUCCCGCGGCGCGGCGACGGCGCAGCGGUGGUGCUGCGGCUGGGGAAGAAGCGCCUGCACGGCGCGUUCGCCACCUUCAAGGACUAUGUGGUCUCGGCGGUUGGAGACGGCGGCGGCGAGACGGUGGUGGAGGGGCGGCCGGCGUUCCCGGUGGCGCUGAUCACGUCAGAGGAAGGGGUGACGGUGCAGCUGCUGUUCGAGCACCAGACGCACUGCAAGGUCUGGAAGGCCGCCAUCGAGGGCAUGCUGGCCGAAAAGAAGCUCAAGCGCGACAACCAACUGAACUGA